AGUCGGAUGAGCAGAAGGCAUUCAGUCGGUUUGCUCCGGAGGUGGUUCAAAGUGAGAACGAAACUCUUGUGAAUUUUAUUCGCCUUCCUCUAUUUACGCUGUUAACCCUCGAAAUAGUGUUUCGCCCCCUCGCGCAAAUAUUUCUGUGCCAACAGCGAUACAUUCAUUGAUUUUCGACACUCUCUGUCCGUUUAUGAGCAUAUUUGACAGGGAGUUUUGCUCUAUAUAUACACACUUUUUCACCGAGUCUAUACAGUGAGUGGGAAAAAAGAGAAGCAGUGAGGAAGAGAAGAAAAAAAAAAACGAGGAAUUUUCUUCGGUGUGAUUCUCUCAUUGAUAUUUGUGUAUUUUUAUUAAUGUGUCAAGUGAAGGCUGAAAGUGCGAUACAGAAGAAAGAGAGCAAAAUAUAGAUCAAAAACUGAAAUUCAUUGAAGGAAAAUUGUGAAUCGCAAGGGAGAAAAAAGAAACAUAUUGCCACAAGUGUGAGGAAACUAUUUGGAAAGCAAGAAAAAGAAAGUCCCCCGUGAAAAGACUGUUUCUGAUAAAAUUUUGAUAGUGCGCUUUAUAUUUUUUUUUAUAAAUGAAAACUUCAUAUGCCACGCGUUUUAUUUUGUGUGUGGAAUGUUGUGACCUAUUUCUGCCCAUUUCUAUUUUCACAUUCAAUUUCAUCUUAUUUUUUGAUUGAGUUUCUAUCUCCCGUCUAUCUCGCUCACCCACACUGUCUGCAUCAGAGGCGAGUUUGACAGAUUGUGUGUUUACUCAGUGCGGAAUAUCUAUAUCGUGGAAAGAAGAAAAUCACUUUGGAAAAAUACUUGUGAGUGUAUCUCGUGAAGAAAAAGAUACUCCUCAACUCCACGCCUCUAACAAGAGACUUGCGGCGUGAGUAAAAAAAUAAUUUGAGAAGUGGCGUGGAGAAAAUAUUUAUGAAAAGAAACAGAAGGAGAGAAAAAUGAUAAUAAAUGUGAAUGUGUAUAUAAGAGAGAGAGAAUUUCCAUGGGAGCAGCAAUGAGGAACUGAUACGGGACCAAUUUCAAUAGAUCACGUUCCCAAUACAUCCAGCGCAUCGCAUCAUCAAAAACAAACACACCGUCUUUUAGGAAAAACAAGCACCAAACACAUAUAUACAAAAUGGCGGGAAACUUGAUGAAAUGGUGGCGGCACAAAAUCUUGGGAGGCUACAAACAAUUUUCAGUUCUUCAAGAGAGUGCAACGGAUUCUGAGGAGUUGAUCUACCCCAUGAGGGCACCGUCCUCAUGCAGCGCCCCGCCGGACUUGCUGCUCACGAGUGAUCGUGAACCGAUCACCAGUGGCUUAAUGACAUCCACACCAAAUCACCACAUAUCAACGACUCACCAGCAGUCACUCAAGAUGACAAAUCGGCGGGAAUCGUCGCCGGCCAAUGUCACCUCCGCCGCAGUCGGUGGGAGUCACAAGAAUCAUCAGAAGGCGCCGCCACCGUCCGUCUCAAAGUCCGCCGAAGACGAUCGUGUUCAUCUCGAGGAAUUCCACUGUGACGUGUCACUGGAGCACCAGGGAAAGACCCCACAGCCCGUGCAGUUCUCCUUCACACUGUACGACCUCGAUGGGCACGGCAAGAUCACCAAAGACGACAUCGCGGGCAUCGUGUCGACGAUCUACGAGAGUCUGGGCAAGAGCAUCGUCGUGCCUCACUAUGGCAGCAAGACCAUCAAUGUGCGCCUCACCGUGUCACCGGAUGCCAAGGUGAAGACACCCACGAAGAAGGCGGCCCUUAUCAACUCACGAAGGAGAUACAGACCGCGGAAGCUCCUAUCGGACGACGAAGGCAGUGACACCUCGCACGACAACGUGCCAAUCAAGUUGAGUCCAAAGACAACGAAUGCCAGAAGCAAGAGUCAUUGUUCACACCAUCAGCAUCAGCAGCAGCAGCAGCAGCCACAGAAACUCACCAAGGAGACCAACAAUCCACCGAAAGACUGUUCCACAACGGACUCCGCACCGGAGCAAAAUGCGCCCAAAGCGCCGAUCGCAUGUGAGGAGCCGCCACAUCUUUACGAGAGCAUCAACAAUCUCAAGUGGUGCUCCAAGGCCAAUAACUUGCAACAGCAGGGCAACAAUAAUAACCCCAUCGCCAAGAAGCCUCCAAACUGCUUGGAGAUCCUGGACAAUAAGCUCGUGGAGAAUGAGGCCAACAACGAAUGCGGAGGAUUCUGCAGGGAGUGUUCUCUCGUGGAGCGAUAUAACCUCGAGGGAAUGCCAGUGGUGAAGCAGAGAAGACGUGUUCUGCGGAAAUCACGAUCGCGAAAGCACAAGGGCGAAGGAGCCUCUCGAGUGCGGAGCCUCUCAGUGGGAAACGAGAAUUGCUUGAUCAGCCGCGAAAAGAGUGAAGAGGAGUGCUGGGAGAGUUCACUCAGGCGAAGGGAGUUAAUUGAGAUCAUCCGGAAGAGCAUGGAGAAGAAUCGCCUGUGUUUUCAGGGAAAUAGAAAACCCACAAUCGACAGCCCGCGGUAUCGCCAUCGAUCGCAUACGAUGAAUGGUCAGUGUGGCGAAGUUGGAGCGCCCACGAGACUGGAAAACUCCCCGGCAGUCUCACCAGACAUCGUACCCACGAAUCUCUGCGGCUACGACUCCUUUCUCCACGCCACCAUCUGCUCCAAUCUCAACAACAACAUCCAACUCACGCCCAGUGCGGUGCCCAUGGCAGCGAUAAAUCUCGCCGGAGUGACGCCCGUGAGGAAUCAUAGUAGCCGCAUGCUGCGGAAUCGUGCCCUGCGGCAGCACGAGUCGGUGAGAGCGGGAAACCCAAUGGGAUACAUGCGUCUGCAGGCGUCCACGAAGACAGCCAACACUGCGACACCCAAAGUGGCCAACAACAAGGGUGUGGAGAGCAAGAAGCUCAUCUCCAGUGACUCCCACGCGAUCAAAGGGAAGACUAAGGCACGUGUGGGACGCUUGCAGCGCUCGAAGAGCAAGGAGGAGCUCUUCACCUGUCGCGACAGCACUGCCAAGAUCGAGGACAUCCUCAAUGCCGAUGUGUUUCUCGACAAACUCAAGAUCACCGAGGAGGUGGCAGAGAAGUCAGUGGAGUCCCCGCGCAAGAGUGUGGCCAAGAGGCCACUCAAGAGUCCCACCAAUCAGGCAAAGAGCCCCACGAAGGGCCUCCUCAUGGAGUACGCGUCGAUUCCCGUGAGCGCCGAUCCGGCAGAGUGCGAGAACCUGCUCAAAACUCCUGUCUCGGAUGGCGACGAGACAAAGAUCGCCGAUCCCUCAUCCACUGUGCAUCGGUACGUGGUGCACGAGCACAUCCAUCAUCACUACCAUCACUUCGAGGGGAACACCAGCCCCAAGGCAUGAGCCCUGGACA